AUGGCCUCCAGUCUCCUGAAAGCCCAACGGGCAGCUUUAAUGCCCGUUGCCUCCAGGCCGAAAGCCAGCCGGUGGGAGUUCUCUUGCUUCGUCUCCCGUCGCCUGGGCUUCUGCGAGGUCACUGCUGACUGCCAGCUUACCCGUCCCGAUGAAGCUGCAGUCCUUGCCAUGUCUGGGCGUUUGCUCGUGAGCUUCCCUCGAGUGCCUUUUCUCCUGUCCACCUCGGGAAACGUCCCCAUAGCAUUGGGGUGGAUCACUUUAAGAAGGAUGGACCUGUCAGAGCUUGGAGAAGCUGCAACCGUCCUCACAAUUAGUGAGGCUGAGCAGCUUCUGCUACAGGCUACUGCUUUUGAUGGUAAUCCAUAUUUUUUCUCUAUAUGGAAGAAGAAAUGCUGGAUUCCUGAGAAUGUGGAGGUCGAGGUUAAAGGGAGUGGAGACAAUGGCAGAAUAAUUGUUGGGACAACAGAUGGAAAGGAGGGGGAAGUUCAGCAGCUGAAUCUACCGGAGCUCGACGUGACUGAAGGCAGGGCCACGCCGACUCACCUCAGUGAAGCUGUGCUGCAGACCCUGAAGAGACACUAUGGCCAUUGGAUGACUUACACAUAUUUGGGUCUGUUCUGUGUGAGCAUAAACCCUCACAAGUGGCUUCCAGUGUAUCAGAAAGAAGUGGUGGCUGCCUACAAAGGGAAGAGGCGAUCAGAGGGUCCCCCUCACAUCUUCAGUGUUGCCGAGAGCGCCUUUCAGCAUAUGCUUCACAAUCAAGAGAAUCCGUCUGUGGUCUUCACAGGAGAAUCUGGUGCUUGAAAGACUGUGAACACCGAACAUAUUCUACAGUAUUUUGCCACCAGAGCAGCCAUGGGUGAGUCUAGGGAAAGGCUGGGGACUUUAGAAGAUCAAAUCAAACAAGUGACUCCUAUCUUGGAAGCAUUUGGAAAUGCCAAAACCCUGAGAAAUGACAACUCCUCUAAGUUUUACUGUUCUGUGUCCACCCAGGGCAAAUUCAUCAGGAUGCACUUCUGUGCCAGAGGCGAGCUGUCAUCUGCAGACAUUGACAUCUAUUUGCUUGAAAAGUCCCAGGUGAUUUUCCAGCAGCCUAGAGAGAGGAACUACCACAUAUUCUAUUAGAUCCUGUCUGGAAAAAGAGAACUUUAUGAUAUUUUCCUGGUGUCUGAAAACCCCUCUGACUUUCACUUUUGCUGUCAUGGAGAAGUUGCCGUGGAGAGCUCAGAUGUUGCUCAAGAAUCGCUGGCCACAGAUCAAGCCACGGACAUCUUGGGCUUUCUUCCUGAAGAGAAGCAUGGAGUCUAUAAACUCACUGGAGCCAUCACGCACUUCGGAAACAUGAAAUUUAACAAACCCAGAGAAGAGCAAGUGGAAGCAGAUGGCACAGAACGUGCUGACAAAGGUGCUUUCCCCAUGGGCGUGAACUCCUCUGAGCUGGUGAGGGGCUUGAUCCAUCCUAGAAUCAAAGUCGGUGAGGAAUAUGUUACUGCGGUUGAAAUGGAAUUGAGAGCAGCCCUGGCAACCAAUAUAGUAAAGAAGGUAGAAGUCGAGGCUAGAAAGAACCUUCAAGAGCAUUAUACAAAUGAAGCUACUUCAUGUAGCCCAGGGAGGUUUGGUCACUUGCCAAAGGUGACCUGUGCUAUUGGUGUCCUGUCCAAGUCAAUAUAUGAAAAGAUAUUUAAGUGGCUGGUGGCAUGUAUCAACAGGGCCCUGGAUGCCAAGCUACUAAGGCAGUUCUUCAUUGGCAUUCUGGACAUCAUUGGGUUUGAAAUCCUUCAUUAUAACAGCCUAGAACAACUUUGCAAAUUUACCAAUGAAAAAUUACAACAGUUCCUCAAUCAGCACAUGUUUGUUCUGGAGCAAGAGGAAUAUGGGAAAGAAGGCAUUGCCUGGAUGUCCAUCGACUUUGGUCUGGAUUUGCAAGCCUGCCUAGAUCUUGUUGAGAAGACAACGGGCAUCUUUUUUGUCUCUGAAGAGGUCAUGUUUCCUCAGGUUACUGAUGUGACUUUUAAGACCAAACUUUUUGACAACCAUUUUGGCAAGUUGGUUCAUUUCCAGAAGCCCAAGCCUGAUAAGAAGAAAUAGGAAGCUCACUUUGAACUGGUCCAUUAUGCGGGAGUGGUACCUUAUAACAUUAGUGGCUGGCUUGAGAAAAAAAACAAAGACCUUCUUAACAAAAGGGUUGCGGCUGUAUUUCAGAAGUCAUCUAACAGACUCCUGGCAAGUCUUUUUGAAAAUUACAUCAGUACUGACAGUGCUCUACAGUUUGGGGAUAAACGCAAGAAAGGAGCUUCAUUCCAAACAGUUGCAUCUCUGCAUAAAGAUAACCUGAAUAAAUUGAUGACUAAUCUGAAGUCAACAGCACCUCAUUUUGUGAGAUGCAUAAAUUCCAAUGUGAACAAAAUGCCAGGUAUAAUGGACCCUUACUUAGGUCUACAGCAGCUGCUCUGUAAUGGUGUCUUGGAAGGGACUAGGAUAUACUGUGAAGGUUUUCCAAACUGAAUGCUGUAUGCUGAUUUUAAACAAAGGUACUGCAUUCUGAAUCCAAAGGUCUUUCCAAAGACCAAGUUUAUGAGCAGCAGAAAAGCAGCUGAAGAAUUACUUGGCUCCCUGAAGAUAGACCAUACCCAGUACCGCUUGGGGAUCACCAAGGUGUUUUUAUAAACUGGCUUUCUGGGCUGACUGGAAGCAAUGAAAGAUGCAAGAUUCUCUAAAGCCCUCACAUUGUUCCAAGCCAGAGUACGGGGCACAUUGAUGCGAAUCAAAUUCCAGAGGACCCUGGAAGAGAGGGAUGCAUUUCUUUUGAUACAGUGGAACGUAAGAGCUUUCAUGACUGUGAAGGACAGGCCCUGGAUGAGGCUCUUCUUCACGAUCAUACCUCUUAGUAAAUCUGCCGGGAUGGGAAAGGAGGUAGCUGGACUGAAGGAAGAGAGUGUGCAACUGCAAAGAGCCUUGGAGAAGCCAGAAUCUCAGAGGGCGGACCUGAAAGCAAAGCAAGUAUUCCUUACUCUGGAAAAGAAUGACCUGCUUCUCCAGCUGCAGGCUGAGCAAGAGACCCUGGCAACUGUUGAAGAGCAGUUCGAGCUGCUGAUUAAAUCCAAGAUCCAGCUGGAGGCCAGAGUCAAGGCACUGUCUGCACGGAUGGAGGAAGAAGAGAUAAAUUCUGAGCCAACUGCCAGGGGGUGGAAACUUGAAGAUGAAUGUUCCGAGUUGAAGAAAGAAAUCGAUGACCUGGAAACAAUAUCGGUGAAGUCACAGAAGGAGAAGUGUGCUACAGAGCACAAGGUCAAGAGCUUGAGUGAGGAAGUGGAGUCUCUAAAUGAAGAUAUCAGCAAGCUUAGCAGAGCAGCCAGGGUUGUGCAGGAGGCCCAUCAGCAGACCCCAGAUGACCCGCACCCAGAGGAGGAGAAACUCAGCAACCUGAGCAAAGCCAAGUUGAAGCUGGAACAGCAAGUAGAUGAGCCCGAGGAUGCCAUUGAGCAGGAGAGAAAAGUGAGAAUGAACUGCGAAAGGGAAAAGCACAAACUGAAUGGUGAUUUAAAGCUGAACCAGGAGAGAGUGGUGCACCUGGAGAGCAGCCAGCUGCAGCUGGCAGAGAAGCUGAGGGGGAAGGAAUUGGAAAUGAGUCAGAUGAACCCAAAGGUGGAGCAUGAGAAAGGCCUGAUGGUUCAGCUUCAGAAGAUGGUUAGAGAGUUUCAGACUCAAAUACAGCAUUUAAAGGAGGAACUGGAGGCUGAAAGGACCACUAGAGCCAAGGUGGAGAGGGAGAGAGCCAACCCCACCCAAGAACUGGAAGACUGGAAUGUGAGGCUGAGGGAGGCAGGAGGGGUCAGUUUGGCUCAGCUGGAGAAAACUAAGAAACAGGAAGCAAAAUUACAGAAGCUUCUCAGAGAUAUGGAAGAGGUCACACUGCACUUUUAGGAAACUUCUGCCUCUUUGAAGAAGAGACAUGCAUACAGCCUGGCUGAACUCAAGGGCCAGGUAGAAAAUCUACAACAAGCCAAACAGAAACUGGAGAAAGACAAGAGUGACUUGCAGCUGGAAGUGGAUGACCAUCCGACCCAUGUUGAGCAGGUGACCUGAGCUAAGGUGAAUGCUGAGAAACUCUGUAGUCUGUAUAAAGAGCGCAUGAAUGAAGCAAAUGUAAAACUGGAUGAAGUGACUCAGUUGGCAAAUGACCUGACAGCACAGAAGACAAAGCUUCGGAGUUCUGUGGGUGAGUUCCUAAGGAGGCUGGAAGAAAAGGGGGUGCUGAUAAACCCGCUUUCCCAGGAGAAGCGCACCUUCAUUAGGCAAACUGGGGCAUUGAAAGGGCAAAUGGAAGGGGAGACUAAAUCACAGUGCGCCCUAGCCCAGUGCCUGAGGUCAGCCAGGUGUGAUGAGCUUCCAUGAGAACAAUAUGAAGACGAACAAGAGGCCAAGGCUGAGCUCUCUGGGCUCUCCAAAGGUGAUGCUGAAAUGGUGCAGUGGAGAAUAAAUUAUGGAGAUAUUCCCAUCCAGAGAAUGGAAGACUUGGAGGAUGCCAAGAAGAAGCUGGCAAUUAGGCUGCAGGAGGCUGCCGAAGCCAAGGUGGCCAGUGUCAGAAAUGCCUCCCUAGAGAGGGUCAGGCACCGACUGCAGCUGGAGCUCGGGGACGCCCUGUGCUCCGUGGCAGCCGCCUUGGACCAGAAGCAGCGGCACUUUGACAGGUGCCUGGACGACUGGAAGCAGAGGCACGAGGAGGCUCAGGCGACGCUGGGUGCCUCUCAGAAAGAGACCCAGGCCCUCAGCACCGAGCUCCUCAGGGCCAAGCACGCCUAUGAGGAGAGCAACCGGACCCUCCAGAGGAAGAACAAGACCCUGCAAGAAUCCCUGCAAUUAGCAGCGUGGAGUUCCCUAGCAAGGCUGGUCCUUGUAAAAUUGGGAGCUCUGGAAUGUAAGGCAAUUAAGAUUCUUCAUUUCCAGCUUGAACUCUUGGAAACUAAAGCAGAACUUGGAAGAAAGCUUUCAGAAAAAGACGAAGAAAUAGAAAAUUUUAGGAGGAACCAGCAGUGUGUUAUUGACUCCCUGCAGUCUAGUCUGGAUUCUGAAACCAGGAGCAGAAUUGAGGCUACCCGCUGAAGAAGAACACGGAAGGGGGACCUCAACGAGAUGGAACUCCAGCUGAGCUGUGCCAACCAGCAGGUGUCAGAGGCAACCAAGUCCCUGGGCCAGCUUCAGAUUCAAAUCAAGGACUUUGGGGUGCAGCUGGAUGACAGCAAAUACCUGAAGCUGAAGGAGCAGGUGGCUAUGGCUGAGCAGCGCAACUCUCUUCUCCAGUGUGAACUAGAGGAGCUGAGGUCCUUGAAAGAGCAGACAGAAUGUGGGCACAGGCUGGCGGAGGAAGAGCUCCUGGGCACAGAAAGAAUCAAUCUUUUCCGUACCCAGAAUGCAAGUCUCCUGGGCCAGAAGAAGAAACGGGAGGCUGAUGUUGCCAAGAUGCAGAAGGAAGCAGAAGAGGCAGUGCAGGGCUGUUGAAACGCAGACGACAAGGCCAAGAAGGCAGCCGCUGAGGCAGCGCGCAUGUCAGAGGAGCUGGAGGAGGAGCAACGUGCCAGUGCGCACUUGGAGAGGGUGGGAGGUAAUAUGCAGCAAACAGUUAAAGACAGGAAAGGGCUGGAUGAAGCUGAACAGAUGGCCCUGGUGGGAAGGGGGAAGCAAAUCCAGAAGCCAGAAUCCAGGGUCUGUGAGCCGAAAGGUGAACUGGAGGGCGAAAUCCAUCGCAAUGCAGAGGCACAGAGGGGAGCCCACCGACUGCAGCGAUGCAUCAAAGAGCUGACCUACCAGGUAGAGAAAGACAAGAAAAAUCUGAGCAGGAUGCAGACUCUGAUGGAUAAUCUUCAGCUAAAAGUGCAAAGUUACAAGCAGCAAAUUGAGGCAGCGAUAACACAAGCCAAUCAAUAUCUUUCCAAGUAUAAGCAGCAGCAAUGUGAGUUGAACGAAGCUAAGCAAAGGGCAGAGAUAGCAGAAUCUCAAGUCAAUAAACUCAAGAUUAAAGCAAGAGAGUUUGGAAAAAAAGGUAUGUCAGAUAUUCAACUCUGUUCUAACUCUUAA